AUGUCGGAGUCUAUUGAACACAUGCGGAUGGAAGUUAGGGAGAUGUCGGAGUCUAUUGAACACAUGCGGAUGGAAGUUAGGGAGAUGUCGGAGUCUAUUGAACACAUGCGGAUGGAAGUUAGGGAGAUGUCGGAGUCUAUUGAACACAUGCGGAUGGAAGUUAGGGAGAUGUCGGAGUCUAUUGAACACAUGCGGAUGAUAGUUAGGGAGAUGUCGGAGUCUAUUGAACACAUGCGGAUGGUAGUUAGGGAGAUGUCGGAGUCUAUUGAACACAUGCGGAUGGAAGUUAGGGAGAUGUCGGAGUCUAUUGAACACAUGCGGAUGGAAGUUAGGGAGAUGUCGGAGUCUAUUGAACACAUGCGGAUGGAAGUUAGGGGGAUGUCGGAGUCUAUUGAACACAUGCGGAUGGUAGUUAGGGAGAUGUCGGAGUCUAUUGAACACAUGCGGAUGGAAGUUAGGGAGAUGUCGGAGUCUAUUGAACACAUGCGGAUGGAAGUUAGGGAGAUGUCGGAGUCUAUUGAACACAUGCGGAUGGAAGUUAGGGAGAUGUCGGAGUCUAUUGAACACAUGCGGAUGGAAGUUAGGGAGAUGUCGGAGUCUAUUGAACACAUGCGGAUGGUAGUUAGGGAGAUGUCGGAGUCUAUUGAACACAUGCGGAUGGAAGUUAGGGAGAUGUCGGAGUCUAUUGAACACAUGCGGAUGGAAGUUAGGGGGAUGUCGGAGUCUAUUGAACACAUGGGGAUGGAAGUUAGGGGGAUGUCGGAGUCUAUUGAACACAUGCGGAUGGAAGUUAGGGAGAUGUCGGAGUCUAUUGAACACAUGCGGAUGGAAGUUAGGGGGAUGUCGGAGUCUAUUGAACACAUGCGGAUGGAAGUUAGGGGGAUGUCGGAGUCUAUUGAACACAUGCGGAUGGAAGUUAGGGAGAUGUCGGAGUCUAUUGAACACAUACGGAUGGAAGUUAGGGGGAUGUCGGAGUCUAUUGAACACAUGCGGAUGGAAGUUAGGGGGAUGUCGGAGUCUAUUGAACACAUGUAG